AAAUAGUUCCCGCUACGUACAAAAUACCUGGACAGCGAUGAAGUUAAAAGACAGUAUCCGUGAAGACUACAAUACCCACAAUUCAGUGAGUGGGAUUUCAGUUCCGGUGUCGGUGACCAUCGGGCUGUCAGCCGGAGAAAGGUGAAGUUGAGGUUAGUGUGUGUGGAUGUAGUGUGGGUGGAGAGCCGUGAUGCCCCUGGAGGUCAGAUGGCCGUUCCCACAUUGCCCUGCUUUGGCAUGGAGGAUCUCCAGCUCACUGGUCAUGGGCAUGGUGGGCUCCUACUCCUACUUCUGGACCAAGUACAUGAACUACUUGACGGUCCACAACCACGAGGUUCUGUUGAACCUGAUUGACCAGAGACCCUCUGACACACCCCUCAUCACCCUGUCCAAUCACCAGUCCUGUAUGGAUGACCCACAUAUCUGGGGUGUGCUAAAGCUCAGGCAGCUGUGGAACUUCAACAAGAUGCGGUGGACCCCGGCAGCUUCCGACAUCUGCUUCACAAGGGAGCUGCACUCCGGAUUCUUCAGCCGUGGGAAGUGUGUUCCCGUCUGCAGAGGCGAUGGUGUUUACCAGAAGGGUAUGGAUUUCAUCCUGGAGAAACUGAACAGAGGAGAGUGGGUGCACAUUUUCCCAGAAGGCAAAGUCAACAUGACUGAAGAAUUCAUACGGUUAAAAUGGGGUGUAGGUCGGCUGAUAGCAGAGUGCUCCCUCAAUCCCAUUAUCCUGCCGCUCUGGCAUGUGGGUUUGAGUGAUGUUCUGCCCAAUGUGACGCCCUACAUUCCUCGGACUGGCAAGAGAAUCACAGUCCUGGUGGGGAAACCGUUCAGUGUGAAAGACCUUGUUGAAUCCCUCCGAGCUGAGAACAGGAGCCAGGUGGAAAUGAGGAAGACUUUGACUGACCUUAUCCAGGGGGAGUUCCGGAGCCUGAAGGCCCAGGCCGAGGCGCUCCAUGUGCAGGUCUACACCAAGUCCUGAGUCCCAGCCGUCCUGCUUCUGCCUGCUACACUCCUCACAGCCAACCAGACUGACGAUCCUUUACCCUGAAACUGAGGGUAAUAAGCUGAGAAUACAGGACAGUUUGUACCUCGCUCUUCUGGUAUCCACUCCCGUCCUUCACCCUGCUGCAGCUCCCACACCUCCACACUUUGAAUCCACCGAGUCAUGACAGACUGAAGAACAGUUACACCAAGAUGUGAUCACGAUCAACAACAGAAACUCCUUUGUAAUUCAGCCAUCGUUUAAAGAGCAGGCAUGUUUUUAUUCAGUUAGCACGCAAACAGAGUUGUUUGGGUCUGGUCCAGUCCACUGCCUCAGCAGGAGCAGUUUAGACAGUAGAUAGAUGAUUGGUGAUUACUUGAAUUCAUACCAGUCAGUGCUGAGUGACGAAGAGUGAAGAUGUUGAAUGUCUGUAGCUUUUAGACUGAAUUUCUACAGUAGAUAAAGCAUGAAGUAUGAUUGAAUUUACUACUUUAACUUGUUAUUUGAGCUGCUCAGCUGUGUUUCAGCUGUUCUCUCACUGGUAUCAUCAGCUCAGCCCAGUGUCGGAGGAGUCACAUCAGUUUUGGACGAUUCUGCGCCUCGUGAGUUAAACCCAGUGCCGACACAGGAGGAGAAAACAAAACACAAAUGUCUGUAACUGACUGAGGGAGUGAAGUUACGCUGCCGGUCGGUUACUCUGUCAGAAUGAUUUGCACAGUCCAUUCAUCCAUUCAUUUAGUAUUAGUAGUAACUUCAAGCCAUUGGCACUGGGUGUAAAAUAAAUAAAUAAUAGUUAUUGAUCAUAAUUCAGCUCUGCAGAAUCGUCUAAUACUGAUGUUCCUGUCUGACGUUGCAUCAACCUGUUACCCUGUUUUUAGGAGAACUGUCCACGAAGCUGCUGUUUGUUUACAUACUAAAUAUUAGUAUGCAGUGUGCUCCACUGUACAUAUGGAGUGAUAUAGAUUUCUAAUCUGCUGAAGACGUUCAUCAGGAAGUCAGGAAAUACCACACAGUUAACUGUUCAUCAGAAACAGCCAUGCAGAGUAAAUGACUGUUAGGAAUGACAAUGAUAACUACCAUCUUAUAUUUUGCUUUUAUUUCAUCCUCACAGCUUUAAAUCAGGUGACUCCUCAGUCAUACUGUCACUGACGUCACCAUGUGCAUCUCUCUACUUCCUAUGCUCAAAUCAAGUUUGCUAAUUAUUUCUUUUCUGUCGAGAAUUUUCUUUUUUCAGAAGUUUUUCUGUCGAUCCCUUCAACCUCUGAAUGCACAGAGAUCAGUGGCUUUUAUAAGGGAGACAAAGGCCAGGGCUAAGUGAUCUGUGCUGUUUUUUAUAAAUGUAUUGCCUUACUUUCCACUCUUUCCUACUGUAUGUGAAUGCCAAUAAAGUAUUUGACUUUUCUAAA